AUGCGAGCCUGGACUUGCGCGCUUCUUGGAGCCUCCCUCUUGGGAGCUGUGUCCGCGUACUGGAUGGAGAACAUCACUCAUCAGGGCUUGGCCUCCUUCAACCCCGACCCAAACUACCGUGUUUUUCGAAACGUCAAAGACUACGGUGCGAUCGGCGAUGGCGUGACCGAUGAUACUGCGGCCAUCAAUGCCGCCAUCAGCGAUGGCGACCGCUGCGAGUUCUAUGGCCAAUGUCACGGCGCGACGACCACUCCCGCCCUUGUUUACUUCCCUGCUGGGACUUACAAGGUGUCGUCUUCCAUCAUGCAAACCUACUACACUCAACUGGUCGGCGAUCCCACUGCAAUGCCCAUCAUAAAGGCAUCUGCAGACAUGGCCACUACCGGGGGGUCCAAAGUGGUCAUUGAAACCGACAUAUGGACUGGCAAUGGUGCUUCCUAUCUACCUACCAAUGUUUUCUUUCGCCAGAUCCGGAACUUGGUCAUUGAUACUACCUCCGUUCCCAACAACACCUGGGGCAUUCAUUGGCCAUCGUCUCAAGCGACCUCCAUUCAGAACGUUGUUUUUCAAAUGCCGCAGACACCCGACAGCGGCCAUACAGGGAUCUACAUGGAGGAGGGCAGUGGCGGCCUUCUAGCCGAUCUUGUCUUCUACGGGGGUCAAUGGGGUGCUAUAUUUGGCAACCAACAGUACAUGACACGCAAUUUGACGUUUGUCAAUUGCCAGACCGCCAUCCAGCAGCUUUGGAACUGGUCCUGGGUAUACAAGGACAUCGUUGUCAAGGACUGUGGCGUCGGCAUUAACGUGACCGGUGCUAUGGUUGGCUCCGCUGCCAUCGUGGAUGGCCUUUUCUACAACGUAUCCACCGCGAUCCUCAGCGGGCGAAGCAUCCGAAGCCCCGGAGAAGCACCUGGCGAGGGAACACUGGUCUUGGAGAAUGUCAUCUUCGAAAAGGUCAACUUUAUCUUCCAAGGGACCGACAGCAGCUUGGUCGAGCCCCAAGGCAGUAAUGGAGCAUUGAUCACCGGCAUGAUUCUUGGAAACGUUUAUAUUCCCUACGGGCCUGAGUUUGUGUUUUCGGGCCCAAACGACUGGUUCCCUGCUCCUGAGAUCCUCAAGGAGCGCAACAGGUACUAUACACGGUCUAAGCCGCUGUACGAAGACAAACCCACCGAAAUGUUCGCCUCGGCUCGUAGCUUUGGUGCCAAAGGUGAUGGUAUUACAGACGAUACGGCCGCUCUCACUUCUUUCUUCGAAUACGUCUCCCAGGGAUUCGAAAACGGCCGUGUUGGUUUUGUCGAUGCAGGCUACUACAAGGUCACCGACACAAUUUACAUCCCGCCGGACAUACGAAUAGUGGGCGAGGGUCUGGCCUCGGUAAUCAUGGGGUCCGGUGCCAACUUUUCAAGCAAAGAUGACCCACGUCCUGUUGUGAAGGUCGGAGCACCUGGAGAAUCAGGAUACAUCGAAUGGAGUGACAUGAUCGUCUCGACCCAGGGCGCAACCUCUGGCGCUAUCCUAAUCGAAUACAAUUUGUCGGGUUGUUCUGGCUGCCCAGAGCCAGCUGGCAUGUGGGAUGUUCAUGUACGCGUGGGCGGCUUUGCUGGUUCGCAGCUUCAAAGCUCAGAUUGCCCGAAGACACCAGACCAGGCGAGUUCCAUCAACCCGAAUUGCAUUGCCGCGUAUCUGGGCAUGCAUAUCACGGCCCUGGCCAACGACUUAUACAUGGAAAACAACUGGAUCUGGGUCGCUGACCAUGACAUUGAGGAUGCUGCCAGCACUCAGAUCUCGGUCUAUGGCGGUCGUGGCCUCCUUAUCGAGUCCAACGCUGGUCGCAUCUGGACCGUGGCGUCAGGCGUCGAGCACUGGACCCUCUACCAGUACCAGCUCAUCAACACCCAGAACAUCUGGAUGGGACAGAUUCAGACAGAGACACCCUACUACCAACCCAACCCGCCCGCACCGUCCCCUUUUGAUGACAUCGAUACAACCCUGAGCGACCCGGACUUCGCAUCCGAUUGUGCCGCUUUGAAUGGGGGCUACAUCAACGGUUCUAGCAUUAUUGCUCCAUGCGAGAUGGCCUGGGGCUUACGCAUCAUCAAUAGCAAAAACGUCCUUGUCUAUGGCGCUGGCCUCUACAGCUUCUUUAACAACUACAGCACCCUGUGUGGCUUCGGGCCGAGGAACUCGCAGGCAAAAUGUCAGUCCAGGAUGGUGUGGAUUGAGGACGGUUCUGGUGGCUCAGAAAAUGUUGUCAUCUACGACAUUUACACAAUCGGCGCCAUUAGCAUGGUCACAAGCAACGGCAAUGAUGCCGUCUUGUCUUCUGAUAAUUGGAACAAUUUCGGAGAGUCGAUCACCCUGUUCAAGACAUAA